UUCGCCGGUCGACGUCGGAGCUUCACUGCUGUCAGAAUGGUUCGAGCAAGCUGCGUCCUGGCGAGCUGCGCGCUGGUGGGUCUCCUCCUGGCGGUGCCAGCGGCGUCUUACCCCAGGUAUCAAAACAACUACUACCGCAACGACGGCCCGUACGACCCUGAAGAGAUCAUGGAUAUGCUGAACCGCCUCGGGAACCUCAUCCAGAUGGAACGCAAAAUGGAGAACUUUAAAGACGACAUUACUAGUUAUAAAGAUGACAUUACUAGCGAGAAACGAGCCAUAGACCUGGGACUCAGCCGCGGGUACUCCGGCGCCAUGCAGGCCAAGCACCUGCUCGGCCUCGCAGCAGCUAACUACGAGGGCGGCCCAGGCCGGAGGCGGCGAGACGCGCACUAGACGGAGGCCUAGAGGCCCGCUGCGGAAGACCUCAUGUGACGCGCUGCUAUUUACCUAGUUUUCAAUUGUUUUCAAUGUCUCUGAGACCAUAGCCAAUAUGACAAUUAAGAAGUGUCGUAAAUUAAGCUAAUUUACGGUUUAACUCACCUAUAAUUUGACCGCUGCUCGCGCACUGUUAGUGCUUGAAAAUGUGUCUCGCAAAUGACUAAACAUACGUUGAAACGUAAAAUUAGCUUAAGUUUACUAUGACUCACAACUGUUUAAAAUCGAAAAGUAGAAAUGUAUCGGGAUGACAGAUGCGAGGAUGUCAUGUCAUCAUUUCUAAAACAUACCUAUUAUUUAAAUUCGAUUGCAGUUUUUUAUGAUUGGCCCCUAUUGUUUGUUUUGUAAUGUUACUGUUGUUCUAGUCAUGAUUUACUUUAUGUAACUUAUUUUUACCAACUCCAAUUAAUAUAUUUUAAUUAAUUUAUAGAUUUUUUGUAUACAAUCAAAAUUUAGGUACGCUAAUGAGUAUUUUAUAUAUAAUGUUAAUUUUUAUCUAGUCAAAUUAUUUUUAUUGUAGGCUUGUUUACCUACUUUAUUUUAUUUUAUCUUCAAUUACAGCUAUUUCAUUUUAAGUAUAAUAAUCAUAAUCUUGUAAUAUUAACAUUAUAUUUUACUCUAGUCUAGUCCUAAUGGUGUUUUGGGCGUCAUAACAACAGUACCAAAUGUCAUGUUACCACUUUUUAUGACAUCCAUAACUAACAUAAUUAUAACUAUUUUCGCAAGUAUGUCACAUGGGGUCUUAACCUAUAUCCGAUCGAAAUUCCUAUCUAUAUAACAGUAUAUAUCCUAGGCCUCCCCAUAACUUUUUCACUGUAAAAUGGCUGGUAAAACAUUGAAAAUCAUCUUUGUAGAUAUCACUAUCUUUAGUAUCGUUGAUAUCCUAUAAAAUAUUAUUAUUGAUACGAAAAUAUGACGCAAUAACUGCACAAAGCUUUGUAUGUUAGAGUUACCAAACGUGCAUAAUACCUUUAUUGGUCUUUAACAAUUUAAUACUUACUUGGUUGGCGCGUUGACCCAAAAUGAGUCUUGGCCUCCAACACAAGAGCACACCACUCUGCUCGGUCCAGAGCGGUAUCCCGCCAGUAUUAAAAAAAUACCUUUUCUAUUGUUUUUGAAUUGAAUUAACCAUAUAUGUUUUAAAUCUCCUUUUGUUAUCGAUAAAUUUAGAAUCUGAUGGCGUAGAGUUUAACUGAGUAUAAAAUACCUUUCAUAGUGUAUAUGGUACAUGAAGGAAACCAAGAAUGUUGUUUAAAUUGCUGUGAAUAAAGGGUAUUGAGAAAUAUAAAACAUGAUAUCAAUUGUUUAAUAAUAAUUGUGCAUCGCCCUUGGAAUUAUGCAAUAUAUUGCGAAGUUAGUAAAUAUAGUCAGGACAAGAUGAUGUUUGACGUGACAAAAUGUGGAAGUGCCAUAAUAAACGUCAUAUUUUCACAGAGAAUUGAACGAAUGCUAGUUCCACUUUUGGUCAGUCAUUGGUCCCACUCUAAAUGUAUGCUAGCGCAACAUUGUUUUUUUAGAUCAAAUCAGUAUCAUAUUUUAUGUUCAUAAAUACGGUUCGAAGAUGGUUAAAUCUAUAAGAAAUAUGAUUUGUAAAAAAAACAGUAUUAAACAUUCUAGUCAUUGAAUUUGCACAUUUGUUUUAAUUAUAAAUAAGAGUACCUACUUACCUAGUUAUAAUAAGUAUAACUUAUUGACCUACCCGUUUCUUUACCUACCUACUUACCCAUAAUGUAAGAAGUAAUUCUAUCUUUCUGAAUGUACGUGGCAAAUUAUUUAGUAAAUAGUUAGAUAGAUUAAUAAAAUAAGUGAUAAAAUACCUCCUGUCUAGAGUUUAUUGUUAAAAAUAAAGAGAUAUUCAUAUUAACGUUGCUGUGUUUGCAUUAUUCUUUGAUAAAUUAUACGCCAUAUUAAAUAUAUAUUAAGCUAUACAUUAACAAUGUCUUUGAUGCA